AUGCAGGAAAUCGGCAAGACUGAAAUAUGGUUAAGGAAACACUGUCCUGUCUACAAUUCAGCCACCAAACACCCCUUUAUUCUCAGCAUCCGCGACGGCACUGUUGAAUCUCAUUCCUUCAAAACAUGGCUCGCACAGGAUUACUUGUUUGUUAGAGAGUUUGUUCCAUUUGUUGCAAGUGUGUUGAUAAAAGCUUGUAAGGAAUCAGAUGUUAGUGAUGAUGUUGAAGUUAUAUUGGGAGGUAUAGCUUCUCUCAAUGAUGAGUUAUCAUGGUUUAAGAAAGAAGCCAAGAAAUGGGAUAUUCAAUUAUCCGAGGUUGUUCCUCAAAAAGAAAACAAAGAUUAUUGUCGGUUGUUGGGAGGUUUGAUGAGUUCAGAUGUGGGGUAUACUGUUGCUCUUACUGCAUUUUGGGCGAUAGAAGUUGUGUAUCAAGAGAGUUUUGCGUCUUGUGUUGAAGAAGGUUCGAAAACUCCGGUGGAAUUGAAGGAGACUUGUGAAAGAUGGGGGAAUGAGGGGUUUGGUCAAUACUGUCAAUCUCUGCAGAAGAUGGUUGAUCGGCGGUUGUUGAAGGCUUCUGAUGAGGAAGUGAAGAAGGCUGAAGUUGUGUUUUUGAGUAUUGUUGAGCAUGAAGUUGAAUUCUGGAACAUGAGUAGUGGAAAUUAA